AUCAUUUUUUCACUCUUCUACUUCCCUUUUCCAUUUUAAAAAACUUAGUUUUGGGUUUUUGUGUGUUGGGGCCUCAUGUUGGAUGGGAUUUUUUUAAAAGCAAUUCUCGUUUCUUCUAUUUCUUUCAGGGUUUCGUCUCUUCAACGCUAAAUUUGAUUUACUUGAUUCCAUGCUUGAGUUAUUCCCUAAAUAGAAGUUCGAUUGCUCAAGUGCUCUAAAACGGAAGGCAACCUUUUGUUUUUUGUGCUGGUUUACAAGGAAGGGAAAAGAAGAUCAACAGAUUAAAAAAGAAAAAGAGAAAAUGGCAAGAGAAAAGAUUCAGAUUAAGAAAAUUGAUAACAGCACAGCAAGGCAAGUGACUUUUGCCAAAAGGAGAAGAGGGUUGUUUAAGAAAGCUGAGGAGCUGGCCGUUCUUUGUGAUGCAGAUGUCGCCCUUAUCAUUUUCUCUUCUACUGGGAAGUUCUUUGAGUAUGCUAACUCAAGCGUGAAGGAGAUAUUAGAAAGGCACCAUUUGCGCUCAAAGAACCUGGAGAAGCUGGAACAGCCAUGUCUUGAGUUGCAGCUGGUAGAAGACAGCAACCUGUCCAUGCUGACUAUGGAGAUAGCAGAGAAAAGUCAUCAACUGAGGCAAAUGAGGGGCGAGGAACUCCAAGGAUUAGAUGUUGAAGAACUGCAGCAGCUAGAAAAGUCUCUGGAAGUAGGGUUGAGCCGUGUGAUGGAGAAAAAGGGUCAAAGGAUAAUGAGCGAAAUCAGUGACCUUCAAAGAAAGGGAAUGGAAUUGAUGGAAGAAAAUGAACGAUUGAAGCAGCGAGUAUUGCAGAUAUCUGAUGGCCGAAGACAAGUUGCCGGUGACUCGGAGAACAUCUUCUACGAGGAAGGUCACUCAUCGGAGUCGGUGACCAACGUUUGUAUGUUGAACGGUAAUCUGCACGACAACGAAAACUCCACUACAUCCUUGAAACUAGGGUUACCGUAUUCUGGUUAAGUGGGGAAGGUUUGUGGUAGGAAAUUAUGAUAGAAGCUUUCGUAGGAUAUGAUUGGUGAGUUGGAUUUUUAUUGAGAUGCAAAGGUAGCUAACUCACCUGUAUGUUUGUGAUACCAUUUUA